AUGGGACGAGGCGGGCGCCGCGGGCCCACGGUCCGCCACGGUGCCGCCCUCGCGUCUGUGGGCACUCUGGGCGAGGCCGCCGAGCUCAUGCUGCUCCUGCAGGCCAAGGAGCAGUCGGCGGAGGCGCAGCGCCUCGUCGGCUGUGGCGCUGAGCUCGUCGCCGCCCUGGGCCGCAGCACCUUGGCGAAAGGGCUGGAGAAGCUCAGGGACCAGGGGAGGAGGCCUCCACCGCACCUCGAGCGAGCCUGGCGGGGCAUUGACACUGCCGCGAGCCUGCUUCGCCACCCGGGCAUGGGCGAUGAAGCCCUCGACCAGGCGCGGGCGCGGCUCAGUGCUGGCGGAGAGGCCCACGGGAUGUCCAAGCUCGUGCACGAGGAGGCGGACUCCAGCGCGCAGGGGCCCAGGGAGAAUGAGAGCACGCUCAAGCAGAAGUCUUCCUGGCAGGAGCUGCUGGGCGAGAAGAUGCUGGAGCUGGAGGCGGCAAAGGCGGAGCACAAGCAGUCCAUCGAGCAGAAGGAGACCGAGCUGUUGGAGGCAAUGCGGAUCAAGGCCCAGCUGGUGGCCCAGAACGCGGAGCUCCUGAUGCAGCUUAGCCAGCAGUACCAGGAAAUGCACGUCCUUGGGGAGAUGCUGGACGACUCCAAGCAGCGGGCCAAACAGAUGGAGACCGAGACGCGCGACCUCGCCAACGUGAUCGAUGAGCAGGGCAAGCAGAUAGAGGAGCGCGAGGAGGCCUUGGACAACUUGCACAUGCUCGCCCCGCUCGUGGAGGUCCCUGCCUUCCCCGCUCUGGGCCUCUUGCACAAGAAGGGCGAGAUCGACGGCGGGGAGGGCCAGUCGCGCAACGUCGAGCAGCAGAACGACGGCGACGCCCAGUGGACCGAGGGCCACACGCGGAGCUUCGCGGAGGGCCAGGGCAGAAAGCUAUACUUAGAGGAGGCAGAGGAGAGCAUCGAGGACGGCCAGGUGCGCACCGUGGACGCGUACUUGCAGGUGGCCCUCGGCAGCCAGCAGAGCAUCGCGGAGUGCCAGGGCUGUCCCCAGUGCGCCCACGAGACGGAACAGAGCGACGGCGACGCGCAGACGGUCCAUGCGCGGUGGGGGGCCGCGCAAACAACCCCCAGCUGGCGCGCGCCGAGGCGCGCGACAAAGUGGCAGCCCAAGACGGAUGGGGCUCAGCACGAGUUCGCAGGGCAGCAGAAGUGGGAGACCCACGCCGAGGGGGAGCAGAAGGCGGAGGGCUCGAAGCGCAAGCAGUGGCCCAGUAGGGGCAAGCCAGAGUGGCUGCUGCUCAAGGGCGCUGAGAAGGCGCAGGCCGCGAACGCGAUGGAGAUCCCGCGGAGCCGCGGCCAGAGACGGCGGAGGCGGUAG